AUGGCUAUGGAGGAUGUAUUCAAAGUUGAUGGGUUUUUGAAACCCAUCGAUAUCGAGGCCGAGAAAGUUGCAGCUCAGGCGGGUAAUGCACCAGCAUUACCUAAAAAAACCUUGUCAAGAAAAAGAAAUGGUCCUUUGGAUACAGCUUUGAAGGAACUCGCUGAUGAAUUGGUUUCCAUUUAUAAGUUGCAUUACAUCAAGAUUUUUGGAGAUGAUGAUUAUUGUGAAAGUGAAGAUUAUUUUGGAAUUGGUGAGGCAAGAACAAUAGUCAAUUCACUUGAUAACAUUAAGCAAUCACAGGACAUCGAGCAGGCUAUGGGUGGGGAUAUAAUUGAAGGAGGUGUCAAGCUUGUUUUUGAAUACCUCGAGGAAUGGAGGAAACAAGACAUUGCAUUACAAUAUUCGCAGAAACAAGCAAAGCUGUUAGAGAUGAAAAGAAAAGCUGAUGACAAGCGUGUGUUAGCAGAUGUCACAAACGUCAAACAAAUUCCGACUGGUCCUGCAGCAGCAACCAAGAAAAAGAGAAGGUCUUCAGCUCAGGUCAAAGCCGAUAAAGAAGCUGCCAUCCUUAAAGCUGAUUUCAAUCGGCGGUGUUUGAAAUGGAUGAAAGAGGAUAAUGUUCCAGCUGAUAAACUUGAUGAAAGAGAGGAGGCUUACCAAAACGAAUCAGAUUCAUUAAUUUCUUCGCUUUCAACCGGUUGA